AUGUUCCUGAUGCUCCUCUAUUUCAUCUCCUUCUCUCGCUUCAGAUCUUCAUGUACAACCCAUCAUCCCCAAUUCAUGAACCCUAGCCUAAGUUUUUCAUCUCGCACAACCACUCAGAUGAAGCCUUUAGAUAUGGUGCAAUCCCCAUUGUUAGAAAGACAGGGGUUACAAAAUGAAAGAGCACCGGAAUGUGGGAGGUGGGGAGAAGGAGGAGGGUCGUCAAAACCGAUUGCUGGAAUCGAUGAGAUAUUGAGACCGGCUCUAGAAAGGGAUCUAGCAAGGAACAAAAAACUGGAGAGUUUUAAAUUGAUUGAAUUAACGUUAGCUUUAAGAAUAGAUCGUCAUAACACAAUCAAAAUCAAUUUGGGAGACCAGUCAGAAGAGAAUGCAAUUUGUUCUAUAGAUAUUCAUCUAUGGAUUGCAUUUAACCUAAGAACCUUGCAAAAAAUAACUAUAAUUUCGGGGAAUCCAAACCAUCAAGCGAUCGGUCGUUACUUACUUAGAAAAUAUGUCAGACUCAGAAAACCCGGGCGUUUUUGAAAUCACAUUUUUCUUGAAUAAAAUAGACUACAACUUUGAUAAUGAGAUGGACUGGGUUAGUGAUCAAAAAAAUAGUUGGCGAUCGGUUUUAGAGGCAUUACU